AUGUCGAGUCCAGGCCCUCGAUUAAUGGACUCCGUGGGUGCCGCCGAGUCCAAGAGCUUGACGUGUCCCUCCACACCACCCACUUGGAGUUUAUCCAAGGGCACGCCCCGGGCCCAUCCUCGUUCUUCGAGAGGCACCAGGCUCUCGCCCUCGGCUUCUCGGCGCUGCUCAGAUGGUGGCCGAGGUGAUGUAUCGCUCUGCGUGCGCCUGAAGCCGGGCUAUGAAGAGGAGACAGCCUUCGUCGAUGGUGAGACAGUUCGAUUGAAGCCGCUGGUGGACAAGGGUUUGCUGAGUUUCCUGGGGGACACGCCGAACAAACGCUCCGAUGGCGACGGUGAGUGGAGUGUGUGUUGUGAUCACGCCUUUGGAACGCAGGCCACACAGGAGGAGCUCUACGACACCGCUGUGGCACCCAUCGUGGAUGCCGUGUCCAAGGGAUACAACGGGGCGGUCAUCGCCUAUGGCCAGACUGGAUCUGGCAAGACCUAUAGCAUGAUCGGCUCGAAGACUGGCCCUGCCCGUGGUGUGGCACCACGCGCCAUCGCAGGGGUCUUCGCGGGACUGCGCAAGGCUGCAUGGCGGAUCGAGGUGUCUGUGCUGGAAGUUUACAACGAGAAGGUGCGAGACCUGUUGGCACCUGGAAGCACGGUGACCACCGUUGAUGUGCAUGAAGUUCGUGAGAAUGGCGGAGGAUUGCUGAGUUUCCGAUGUCCUGAAGCCAUCACGUGGAUCGCUCGAUCUCCAGAGGAGGCCAUGGCAGCUCUGAUGGAGGUCUGGCAAUGUCUGGCAUAUCAAACCACACCCACAGUCACCGGCUUGGGCCGCUUUCGCUUCAGCUUCGGAAUAUUAGAACGGCAGUAA